AUGGAUACAGAAAAUGAACCCAUGUCAGAAACAACUAUUCUCCCGUUUGUCGAUGUCGUAAAGAAAGAAUGGAAAAAGGAUAACGUAAUCACCUUCUUACAAAGGGAAGACUUGAACUUAGAUCUUGACGAUGAGGAUAUUGAGAUAAUCAGAAGUAAAAAAAUUGGUGGUAAAGCCUUUCUCAGUUUAACAAAAGAAGAACUUGAAAGUUAUGGACUACAACCAGGACCGGCUAUCGCGGUCGCUGAGCUGGUCAAGGAAAUUAAAGGCGAGCAAGGUCCCACUUUGAAUCUGGUACAAGCACAUAUAGAUGAUGAUGUUCUAUAUAUUUCGACCCGAAACAUGCUCAACAUGAAACCUGAAUAUAUUCCAGCCCGUAAUAAUUUACUUACCUAUCUUCAACAACCGUAUUCCCAGCCGAUCGAAAUUUAUCCAACGAACUACGAUCGAUACUUUCGACCAGAACUCUCUCCAGAGACUUUGAAUCAAUUCUUUGUGAGCUCGUUCAAGGCUUCCACGAGAGUAUGGAACGAAUUUAUAAACAAUAUCGCCUAUCCACCCUUGAUCGGUACAACGGAAGAUUCAUUCCAUGCGUUUUGGGACGCACUUAUUAUUAAACCUAUUAAAAUCGGAUGUCCUAAGGGAGUGUAUAAUCGAAACACAUCUCACCACACUUCCACAAAUCAAUUUCGACCAGAUCUUUCAUAUUUGGUAUUUGGUGCCUGUCUUGCAAGAGGGGAGGAAAAGGGACCUGAAAAUCAUGAUGAUCCAGCAUUGGAGCUAACCUCUAAAUUGACAUGGACGUACGGGAAUUGCCCUUACAUCUUUGGGUACUAUACAUUUGCCACCAGUGUAACUUACUGCUAUUUAUAUUUCGAAGAAGAGAAUAUUAAGCGGAAAGAUUUGAUCACUUGUUCACUCGAUGAAGUAGAAGGACGCAUACAAGCUUUCAAUAUUGGAAGAAACAUUGGCCGAUUGCUGACCUUACUUCGUCAAACUGUACCGGAAUAUUUUCAGCAAGAAUUUAUUGUCCUUCACCGAUCGAGUGGUAAAGUGAUUGAACUUAUGCAAAAAGAAAUUGUAAAACGUUAUCCUUCACUGGAUUCUGUUAUGAAUCUUAAGCACCUUUAUGAUAAACUUGCCGAGCACCAUGUUCCUUACAUCGAAUGCCUAGAGAAGAUACAUAUAAAGGAAGGAUCAACUCCAUUCGUGAUUUUUACACCAAAAGGAGUGGAUUGUAAACCACAAUCAAAAGAACAAUUGAUCAAGGCGUUGUGUUGUGUUUUGACCGCACUCGAGGCUCUUCAUAAAAUGAAAUUCAUGCACCGCGACAUCCGCUGGGAAAAUGUGUUGAGAUACAUCAAUCGGGACAAGUGGUUCAUUAUUGACUUCGAUGAAGCGUGCCAGAUUCCUUCGGCUGUUCCAAAUACGCAAUUAGCUAAAGAUAACCAUGCACCCGAGAUUUUUAAGCCCUUUCAUAAUGAGAGCGUCGAUAUCUGGUCUGUCGGAUAUUUGAUUCUGACGACCUCUAUUGAAAUUCGAGAAUCUGAUGAAUUGAAAGCCUAUGCAAGAACGAACUUGAUGGCAAAGGAUGAAUUCAAUAGACCAACAGCAAAAGAUGCUUUACGAUGGCUUUGGAGCAAAUAUAUGGAUAUUCUCAGAGAAGAGUUUUUGGAAUUGAGGAAUCUUAACUAA